AUGUGUGAUUUUAGAGUGGUGGUAGUAGGGUGGCCGAUGGAGGUGGUGCAGCAUAAACAAGAGACUGGCUGGUUUCAUGUUGGUCAUGCUCAAGUCGAGGCACUCGAGACCGACAUUGCUGAGAAUGACCCUGGUCAGUGGCCACGACUCUUUUUUAAUGGUGGUACCGCUAAUGUCAAGCGACCGCAGCGACCGUGUUGUAAAGAGGUACUCUUCGAGCACUUGUGCAAACCCUCGUGCGAGCAGGUGGUUGCCGCCGAGUCCCAGACUCUCCAAUCCGCCUUCUCGAGGCUGCACGAGCAGUGA